AUGUCUUACAAAUACAACAGUUCCAUCCUGCCCAAUAACUACACCUGGACCCUUCCACUCUGUACAGUCGACUCGUUUGUAGUAUACUUUAUCUCCUGCCUCAUAUUUGUCAUUGUAGGCCUAAGAUCUGGAUCAGAUGGAGAAACAGGCGGAGGAGGCAGGAAGCCAGCAAGAGGUCGUGGCCGUGGCCGACGAGGUCCAAACGUACAGAGCUCCGGUGACCACAAAGCACGCUCGGAGCUGAAAACAAAGGAUCAGAUCAUGAAGCAGCGCAAGAAAAAGCAGAAGCACCAGUUCCUGCAGGGCGGGGGGAUGAGGAAGCUCCGCUCCAAGAACAAAAAGUGGCUCGGAUAAGUUAAAAAGUCAGGUUUUGGAAGGGGUGGCCAUAAGAAAGGCAAGCUGAGGAAGAAACUGGGAGGAGGACAGAGGGUUGAUGGUGUGGAGGACAUCACGAGGAACUGGGUGAUAAGCAUCAGAAUCAUCUGAGAACAUCACCAAAGAUUUUCCUGGCGCUUUGUGUGACUGUAGAUUAAGGAGAAAAUCAUUUGUGAAUCUUUACACUGCAGAAAUGCACGUCACUUCUUCCUUGAUGGCCUGCUGAACUCUGCGUUUGCCACAGAGUUAUGUUUAAUUAUGAUCCACUAACCUGGAUUUACUACUUGUAAGCAUGUUGGCAGUCUAAUAAAAGUGUUUUGGAGUACUGAAAUAUGUCUUAUCAAAAUGGUAAAAU